GCUGGCUAGACGAAGAAUAGGCUAAUAAAAAUAGCAUUUCAUGCCUUGCGCUAAGUUUCGAAGAAUAUUUUCAACACAAAAUCAUCAAUCAGAAACUCCAACAGCUAAGACCAGAUAUUAUAUCACGUGAUCUUAGCGCGCCGGCGCGUUAGCAACUCGAGACUUUUCUUCGACUCCGAGGCGGACACACGCAUGUUCAUUCGAAAGCGGUCAAUUGGCACUGCACACCACUGCCAGGGCAUCCAAACUCCGCGAUGAAUCGACAGACUGUAAUCCGGGUGGCAGCACAGUCGAAAUAUUCUUUAUUCGCUGAAUUGCCUCCUCCUUACCUAGCUCCUGCGCUGCACAGCAAUGCCGGCUCGUCUACCCAACACGCCAGCUUUUCCUGUACCGCGAGUAAUGCCGCGCGCCGUGGCCCUGACCGAAGCAAAAGCCGUGGUGUCUCGGCAAUCCACAUGACAGGCCCCAAGUAUCGCCUGGGCGUCUCCAAAUAUCCAUUGCCGACACCUGUCACCCUAGCAGAACGCCCUGCACGCGAUCCGACACCGGACCAUGGUCUUUGGGGCUUCUUUCCACCAGACAGAUUGCCUUUGAGUACACCCGAAUAUGACAUUGAGCAUGGUCGUGCCUGGUCGCUCCAAGAACUUCGCGGCAAGUCAUGGGAUGAUCUUCAUUGCCUUUGGUGGGUUUGUGUGAAGGAGCGCAACAGGAUAGCUACCUCCGAUUUGGAGAGAGGUCGAUCUCAUGCCGGUUAUGGAGAAAUCGAGUCAAGAGGCCGUGCCAAGGUGGUCAGAGAGACCCAAAAAGCUAUUAAGAAUGUGCUCCGUGAGAGAUGGUAUGCCUGGGAGGAUGCACGAGAGUUGUGGUAUAAGCGGGAGAAGAAGAUUGCGAAGAAACGCGGUGUGGUCAACGACUCUCUAGAAGAGGAUGAGGGCUUCGGAGAAGUCGAGGAAUCAUCCCAGAAACCCGAGGGUGUUGCAGAGGGCAAAACUACCGAAACCGAAAACCCCAAGACACCAGCUUAAAAGAUGCUUUUUGUCUUCGGUACUAUUGGAAUCAUCAAUUGUCAAGACUUAUCGGUUGAGAUAGACAGCCUUGAGUCUUGCAUCUUGUACACUAAGAGUCUCAUAUUUCUUUUCCUCGUCACUAAAUCGCAUUGAACCAGCGCUGUAGACUAGCUCCUGUGUUGAAAUCCAUCCAAGUCCUCUGAAUAAUAAUGACGAUCUUCGCUGGCUUUUAGGGGUUUAGAAAGCGCUAGGCCGGGACACCGCUGUUUGGGCUCCGCCGCGGGGAUCACGGACUAUCGAAUUAACAGGGUCGACCGUCGUUGAGCUUUGGCACUACUGCUUU